UUUUGUUAUAAAAACACAGGCGUUUGCUGGCUGGCCAGCACUGUAUUUAAGUUUCUGAGACACCUUUGACAAAGCGCUUUUCGUCGUCCAAGAGCACUAACAUGUCAGAAAAAACUACAAGCGUCGUCCGUGGUGAAGAAUUGGCAUUCCCAAAACCGGGCGACGAGGUGGUGAUUUCUGGAAUUGCCGGGAGAUUUCCAGAGUCGGAUAACUUGAUAACUUUUCGAGAGAAUCUUGUCAACAAGGUUGAUCUUAUCACCGAUGAUGAUCGCCGUUGGAAAUCGGAAAAUCCGGAUAUUCCCCAACGAACUGGGAAGGUGAAUAAUAUUGAAAAGUUUGAUGCGGAAUUUUUUGGAGUGCACUUCAAAGAAGCUCACACUAUGGAUCCCGCAGCAAGAAUGAUAUUAGAACAUACUUACGAAGCUAUCAUUGAUGCUGGUGUGAAUCCUCGCCAACUCCGUGGAACUAAUACUGGAGUCUUCGUGGGUGCCUGCUAUAGUGAAUCAGAAAAAUCAUGGCUGUAUACAGAUUUUCAGGCAAACGGGUUGGGUAUACCGGGCUGCUGUCGUGCCAUGAUGGCCAAUCGAAUCUCUCAUUGGUUGGGAUGUACAGGGCCGAGCUACACUGUGGACACCGCGUGCAGUUCAAGUCUAUAUGCCAUGGAUCAUGCGUAUAAAGCGAUUAGAACUGGAGAAUGUCAAGAUGCCAUUGUUGUUGGAUGUCAUUUGUGCCUACAUCCACAUUUAUCACAGCAGUUUUUUCUCCUUGGCGUGCUUUCCGCUGAUGGUAGCUGUAAGUCGUUCGAUAAUGAGGGAAACGGCUACUGUCGUAGUGAAGCGAUGUGUACAAUUUAUCUUCAGAAAUCCAAGGAUGCAAGACGAAUUUAUGCACAUGUCGUUCACACAAAAACAAAUUGUGACGGUUACAAGGAAGAAGGAAUUACCUUUCCGUCAAGUACAAUGCAACGUGUUCUUCUGGAACAAUUUUAUGAAGAGUGCAAGAUUUCACCAUCAAAAUUGGCCUUCUUAGAGGCGCAUGGUACUGGAACCAAAGUGGGUGACCCUGCCGAAGUAAACGCUAUUGAGAAAGUAUUCUGCCCUGGACGAACAACUCCACUUCAAAUUGGUUCAAUUAAAUCUAAUUUGGGGCACACCGAACCAGCAAGUGGCCUUUGUUCUGUCGCGAAGGUUAUCCUUGCGAUGGAGAGUGGAAUCAUUCCGCCAAAUAUAAAUUAUAAUCGUCCCCGUGAAGAGAUCGAAGCAUUGAUGACAGGUCGCAUUCAAGUUAUUACCGAACCGACGCCAUGGAAGGGCGGUUAUGUUGGUAUAAACUCUUUUGGCUUUGGUGGUGGAAACGCACACGUUUUGCUGAAAUCAAAUCCGAAAGAGAAAAUUAAUAAUGGUGCACCUAAUGACGACAUGCCUAGACUUGUUGUUGUAUCUGGACGGACGGAAGAAGCUGUUAAAACUUUGUUGAAUGAUCUUGAAAGCAGACCAGUGGAUGUGGAAUAUAUCGGUCUUAUUCACAACAUACAUGCUGAAGAGAUUCCUGGUCAUUUAUACCGUGGACACACUAUAUUGCCAGCCCGAGGCAUAGCACAAAAUAACAUACGAGAUGUGCAGUAUUACCCUGGUGAAAAGCCACCGAUAUGGUUCGUGUUCUCUGGAAUGGGAUGUCAAUGGGUUGGGAUCGGUAAAAGUUGGAUGAAAAUUCCCGCAUUUGCUGCGGCCAUCCAAAAGUGUGAUGCCGCUCUCAAACCUCAUGCUGUUGAUAUCAUCAACAUUUUGACCAACGAAGAUCCAAAAACGUUUGAUGAUAUUAUCAACUCGCGUAUUGGCACUGCAGCGAUCCAGAUUGGUUUAGUAGAUGUACUGUCAUCGAUAGGAGUUAUACCAGAUCAUCUUACUAGCCACCUAGCAGGAGAGUUAGGCUGUGCGUACGCUGAUGGUUGUCUGACCGCGGAAGAGACUAUCCUAGCAGCAUACUUUGGUGGUUUGGUAUUGGCAGAAUCCAGAGCAGAUUGUCGAAGCCUGGCAGCUGUAAAACUGAAUGCCGUAAAACUGGGAAAUAUUUGUCCACCUGAUGUACGUAUCGAAUGCUCCCAUGGUCCAAAAGGUUCGAUAAUCAGUGGAUCCAACGAUGCGAUAACGAAAUUCAUUGCGAAAUUACGGGCUGAUAACAUCUGUGUCAAAGGCGAAGCUCGCAACAGCAUUAUCUACCACACUGGCGACGUGGAAGCAGUGCGCCAAAAAGUAUUAGCUCAUUUGAAGAAGAUUAUUCCGGAUCCAAAAUCUCGUAGCCAGAAAUGGCUGAUUAACUCCAUCUCACGGAGUAACCCAACAGACAGUUCGAAUUGCUUAUUUUCAGCUGAAUACUACACCAGCGGUUUAUUUACUCGUACUUCGUUUGGAGAAAUAUCCCAUAUAUUACCGAAGAAUGCAGUAACCAUUGAAAUAGCACCACAUAAUCUACUUCAAGUUGCUUUAUUGGGGUCCUCAAAUGACAAAUUGACCCAUAUCGGUUUAACGAAAUGUAAAAAUGUUGACAACAUCGACGUUUUACUUGAUGCUAUUGGAAAAAUGUACGAAGUUGGAUUAUCUCCCAAAUUGAGUAAACUUUAUCCCGAUGUUCAAUACCCAGUUAGCCGAGGAACUCCUAUGAUUUCUCCACUGAUACGUUGGGAACACUCAGAAGACUGGUACGUAGUUCGUUUGCAGAAACAAGACAAACUCGAUACUGGAAACAGAAUUAUUAACAUCAAACUGAUUGACGAGGAGUUUGAGUGGAUGUCAGGACACGUCAUCGAUGGAAGAAAUUUGGUUCCUGCGACCGGGUACCUAGAACUAAUUUGGCAAACUGUGGCAAUGAUGCAAGGAGAUGAGUAUAUGAAAGUUCCGGUAGUUUUUGAAAACGUAAAAUUUCACCGAGCAACUACAAUUCCAAAAGAUAAUGCCAUUAAACUGCAACUAAUGAUUCACAAAGGGUCAGGCAGAUUUGAAAUUGCUGAAGGUGAUACCAGUGUUGUCACUGGCUUUAUUCGAGUUGUUUCAAACCCAAGUCAAGAACGCGUCAAAACUGAUGUACUUCAUUUGAAAGAGGAAAAGUUUCACCUAACGAGUAGAGAUAUCUACAAGGAGUUGCGCCUCAGAGGCUAUCAAUAUUCAGGUUUGUGUCGGAGUCUCACUGGGGCGUCCUUAAAAGGAAAAAGGGGUCGGAUAGCUUGGCACAAGAACUGGGCAGCUUUUAUGGACAACAUGCUUCAAAUGAAAAUUCUUUUAAUUGACACCCGAGGACUGUUCGUUCCUACGGGUAUUCAAAAACUGGUAAUAGACACAAAGAUGCAUAUACAACAACUGAACUCAAUGCCUGACGAAAACCAAGAAUUCACAGUAGAGGUUUACAAAGAUUUAGACAUUAUUGUAUCCGGUGGAAUAGAAAUACGAGGACUAAGGGCCAAUGCCAUUGCUCGCAGGAGGCCAGCAACAGAUCCUGUUUUAGAAAAACAUGCGUUUGUAGCGCAUCGCGAUCGAGCUAAGACGGAAAUAGAAGUGAUUACUUGCAUCGCUACACAGAUAGUUCUUGAAAUCCAUUGUGGUAUCAAAAUAAAAACAUGCGAACUAAUAGAUAACGCGUAUGACGUAUCUCCUGAAAAUUUGAUAUCUCCUUUGAUUCGAAAAGUUUUGAACAACUUACCGUUACUUCAAGCGGACUUGAAUGUCUUCGCACCCCUGCACAAGUUUUCCGAUGAUGCCUUAUCUUCUGAUAUUAAAAUUUCUCAACCAAAAAAAUUGUCAACUGAACUUAUUAAUGCUGCCUUGAUUGUCACCCAUGGACUUCUUUCUGACAGAAAUGCAAAAUUGCUGAAACAAAUUCAUGCAGCAAUGAGAGACGGAAACUUCAUGCUAGCUAGAGAGCCGCUGGACAGUAACGUUGACGUUAUCCGAAAUAUGGUAGAUGAAUACUUCCACAUCAUUCUAGAAAAAUGCACAUCCAGUGAUUUGAUCAUUUUACUUCGUAAAAAAGAACAGCGGACAGGAUUCACUACCGUUGUCAGAAUCAACAACGAUGAAUUCACCUGGCUCGAAAAUCUACAGGCUGCGUUAAAGGUAGAAAACAAAAAAGCUGGUCGAACCACUGAACGAAUACUACUUGUCAGCGAGGGAGAUUUACAGAGUGGACUUAUGGGAUUAGUCAAUUGUCUCCGAAGAGAACCAGGUGGUGAAAUCAUUCAAGGUUUAUUGAUUCAAGACUUAGAAGCUCCGGAAUUCUCUCUAGAAAAUCCAUUCUAUUCCGAACAAUUGAAUUUGGGUUUGGCCCUCAAUGUUCUGCGUCCUGGAGAACUGUGGGGGUCUUAUCGGUUUUUCCCCAUGGAACCGUUGAUAUCAAAACCCGUCUUUCACGCGAGCCUCAGCCAGGCUACGCGUGGCGAUUUAAGCUCGGUCCAAUGGAUCGAAGGUACGAUUCAGCCCAACAACCAAAACAGGGACAUCAUUCAAGUGCAUUAUUCAUCGAUAAACUUCCGCGAUGUUAUGCUACUCACUGGGAAACUAGCACCUGAGGUUAUCACCAGCAGAAGGAUGUUACAAGACCGCGUAUAUGGAUUUGAAUUUGUUGGAAGAGAUGUAAAUGGUCGUGCCGUUAUGGGAUUGACUGAAGCUGGAGCUUUUGCAAAUCUAUGCAUGUGCGACAACGAUCUUCUUUGGCCUGUUCCGGAUAACUGGACUCUUGAAGAGGCAGCUACCGUUCCAGUUGUUUACGUAACAGUCUACUAUGCGCUUAUGUUAAGCGGUAAGAUGGAAAAGACGGAUAAGGUGUUGAUUCAUGCUGGAAGUGGUGGCGUCGGACAGGCAGCCAUAGCGGUGGCGCUUUACAAGGGCUGUGAAGUUUUCACAACAGUCGGUACGCAACGAAAACGAGAUUUCAUCAAGAACCAGUUCCCACAAAUCGAUGAUGACCAUAUUGGAAAUUCACGAGACACAAGUUUCGAGCAAUUAGUUUUGCGGAAAACGCGAGGACGAGGAGUGGAUAUCGUUCUAAAUUCUUUAGCAGAGGAAAAGUUACAAGCGUCGGUUCGUUGUUUAGCAACGGGCGGAAGAUUUCUGGAAAUCGGAAAAUUUGAUCUUGCGGCCAACAACCCUCUUGGCAUGGAAGCUUUUCUGAAGGGCAUUAGUUUUCACGGAAUCCUCUUGGAUAAUUUAUUUAAUGGCUUUAUCGAAGAGAAAAAGAUAAUAUGGGCCAUGCUGACUGAGGGCAUAAAGAUUGGCGCUGUCAAACCACUCGUCCGGACUGUAUUUCCAAUGGACCAGGUUGAGGCGGCACUUAGAUAUAUGGCAGGCGGAAAACAUAUUGGCAAGGUGAUAAUCAAAAUUCGUAACCAGGACGAAGGAUCUCAGUCUCUUCGACCUCCGGCUCUUCCUCGUUAUUACUGCUCGGAUGAUGGUAGUUAUCUCAUUCUUGGUGGUCUGGGUGGAUUCGGCCUUGAGCUAGCCGAUUGGCUUGUGCUGCGUGGAGCAAAGAAACUAGUCUUCACAUCUCGCAAAGGAGUCAGUUCUGGAUAUCAAUGUAUGAGAAUUAACCUUUGGCAAGAAUACGGAGUAAAGGUCGUCGUCGUAGUGGGAAAAGAUGCCUCGACAUACGAGGGAUGCGAAGCUAUUUUGAAAGAAGCAGCGUCACUUGGACCAGUUCUCGCAAUUUUUAAUUUGGCUGUUGUACUCAAAGAUGCCCUUUACGAAAAUCAGACAGUGGAAUCAUUCGAAGAAUCUUUCAGAGUCAAGGCUUGGGCUACAAAGCAGAUGGAUCAAUUAUCAAGAAUAUUGUGCCCGCAACUCAGGCAUUUCGUGGUGUUUUCGUCGGUAUCUUGUGGAAGAGGUAACCCGGGACAAACGAACUACGGGAUGGCUAACUCUAUCAUGGAAAGAAUAUGCGAAAACCGAGUAGCAGAGAAGUUGCCCGGCUUGGCUAUACAAUGGGGAGCCGUCGGUGAUGUCGGACUCGUUGCUGAAAUGCAGGAAGAUAACAAGGAAGUUAUUAUCGGCGGUACCCUGCAACAACGAAUAUUGUCUUGUCUGCAAGAACUCGAUGGUUUUCUGAAUCAAGCAUCUCCAGUAGUGUCGAGCAUGGUAGUUGCUGAGAAAAAGUCCGGAGGCGCUAGGGCAGACAUUCUUGCUACAGUCGUAGAUAUAAUGGGACUCAAAGACCUCAAAACAGUUAGUCUGCAAACGCCGUUGGCUGAACUUGGAAUGGAUUCAAUGAUGGCAGUUGAAAUCAAACAGACGUUAGAACGUGAAUUUGAAGUAUUUCUAACCGCAGCGGACAUUCGUGGUCUCAAUUUUGCAAAGUUGCAAGAAAUGUCUUCGAAAAAGGCAAAUGGAAGCGAGGAAGACCAAGGGUCGCAGCCCAAAACCGAUGAAAACUUGAGAGGCAUGCAACUGCUUAUUCGAAAUCUGGGCACCGUUGAACUGAACAGAAAUGUCUGCGUGCAACUAGUAACAAGUGCAAAAGGAGGAGAAGAAGUCUUCAUGAUACCAGGAAUUGAAGGAACUUACUCUGUAUUUCAAUCGUUGGCUGUUAAAUUAAAAUCACAAACAACAUGUUUGCAGCUCGGAAUAAAUUGUUCGAAUUUGAAGACUAUCGAGAGUUUAGCUGACUUUUUAAUGCCUCAUCUUCAAGCAAGAAAUAAGGGUAGCCGCAACUUUGUGAUCGCUGGGUAUUCUUUCGGAACAUUAGUGGCCAUCGAGCUUGCUAGGCGUUUGGAGUCUGAAGGCCUCAGCGGUCGUCUCGUAUUGAUUGAUGGUUCACCUGACCACAUGAAGGCACUGUGUAAUCAGCACCUAAUCUUAGAUGAUGAGGCGCAGUUACAAUCUAUUUUGUUACUGGAAUUAAUGGAUACAAUCGGUCCGUCCAUCAGAGCAAAGCUUGCGGUAGAUUUACGAAAGUGCGUUACCUGGGAAGAAAAGUUGAUAGCGUUCACGAAUAAUGUACCUGCGGAUAAAAAUUUGAAAUUCACAGUAGAAGAGCAACAGGCCAUGUGCUCAUCUUUUUACAAUCGUAUCAAAGCUGUUCUGAACUACAACUUUCCAUCAUCGUCAUGCCUCAACACACCAAUAACCUUAAUCAGACCUCAGAUUCAGUCCGUUCGUACAAUAGCCGAAGACUACGGACUAGGUUCGAUCACUUGCAAGAAAGUGGAAAUAUGCUACGCGGCGGGUGACCAUGUCACGAUGUUGGACGAUGACAUUUGUGCACAGGCUAUUGAUGUCAAUUUCUUCACAAAUAAUGUCAUAUGCGAAUCAAAUGAGGCUCUACAUUAAAAUCAAGACUUCGUUCGCUCGAAGCACAUGCAUAUGGAUAUAGUCAAGUGGUUGUAAAUUUAACGCAGUGAUUACGAAUUCUGUAACAUACCUACUUGAGCAUUUGAAUCAUAUGUGUAUCAUUACCAAUACGUUACAUAGUGAUUUCCACACAAUAGUGUGUUCAUUAAAGAUGAUAAACAAAAUGAGUACCAAACGUAUAACACAACCAAACAAUGAACCUUUCUCAUUGGUAUAUCUGACACAAAUAAUUGUUUGAAUGUGA